GAGGUGGACGAAAUUUUCACCGUUCGCGAGAAUAGGUUGUCAACUGAUGGUUAUUUUAUUCUCGAUAAAGAAAGGGGAAAACUCAAAGAAACCGAGACUUCAACGUUUGCUAAAAAUCAAGUAAAUCAACAAUCAUCUAAUUCUAAAACUAUCCCAAAGAACCUGUCAUAUUACAUGCACAUGAACUCGCAAUUAAGGGGAGUUGAUCACGGACGCUUGACAACAAAGUGUCGACUGGAGAGAGAACUCGAUCAAGCCGUUAGAAACGGCGAUCUGGAUAUGGCUUCGAAAAUAAGCGAUCAGAUUGCGCAAAGAAAUUGUGAUAAUAUGAUACGGGAGGCAAUUGAACGCAAGGAAUUUCAUGAGAAGAAAAUGAUGGUCACUAUCUUAUUGAGGUGCGGUAGAAUGGCAUAUACCUGCGUUGCUACUCGAAAUGGCAAUUUGCGCAAGCAAAACACAAAAAGCGUUAUUCUUUUCGGUCCGACCGAGAUUCGACUUAAUUGGCAUAUAAAGUUUAAUCUCUUUAAGGGCUAUCGUCUUGAUUUUUAUUCGGAUCAUUCGUCGAGUAAAUCCGGAGAGUUGACGACAUCAAGACGCGGUGCAUCCGUGUCAAACGGUACUUCCGGUGAAUCCUACGAACGGCGUUUCCGCCUCCACGCAUUGGAAAAGGAUCUGGAAGCCGCAAUCACAAUAUACAUUCGAGGAUUGUUGCGAGGAUUGCAAUUUAGCCAAGGCUUUCAUUCGAACGUCCGGAGGAUCAUCACCGACGCUCGGGAUCCGUAUUUGACGUUGAGGUUAUACAAUGAUCUGCUCAACGCCAGGAUAAAAUUUGGCGAGUCCGCAGAUUGGGACGCAGCAAAGAUCGACAAUGCACUAAAAAGUUUUUCCCCUUACAAGGUAAAUCUUGCGUAUCAAACUUUAAGGAAGAAAUCAAAAGUUCACAACUUGAUAUACCGCGAGGUUGUAGACAGGUUGGCCGCCGAAUUUCGAUUGGUGCAACAAGCGAUGAAUUGUUAUCGUGACAUGAGGUCAGAAGGGUAUAGUCUCGAUCUGUGGACAUACAAUAGGCUAUUAAACAGUGUAUGUAGAUCAGAUGAUUAUGACACAGCGUGGAGGAUAAUCGAGGAGAUGGUUCGCAUCGGUGUGAAACCCGACAUUGUUACUUUCAACAUUCUUUUGAAUUAUCAAAUUAUGCGCAAAAGGUGGGAUCAAGUUGUUCGAAUCCUGGAUAUGAUUCAGGAGGCGAGAUUGUUCCCGUCAGAGAGCACUUACCACACGCUGACAAACAAUCGAUAUUUAAGCCGUUUAAAUUACAGGGAGGCACGUGAUUUUGCCGAGGCGAUCAUACGGAGAACAUCACUUUUCAGGCAGCUGGAGUGGUUCGCAAAUCGCGGAGACUUGAGGAUGAUGAUAAAGGUUUAUGAAGAGAUGAUCGAAAACGGAAUGAACAGGGAGCUCCGCACAUUUGAGAUCAUCGUUCGAUAUUUCUUCUCGCGACAGGAGGGGGAGAGGGUCAAAUGGAUUUACGGUGAAAUGGUCAGAAUGGGAAUAAAACCAAAUUCGCGUUUUUAUGGCAUCCUGAUCAAGGGAUUUGUGAAAAUGAACGAUAUGAAGAAUGCGAGCGUCCUGUAUCGCGUCAUGACAUCGGAACCAAUGACAGGGGAUAUCGACACAUACAAUUAUCUACUAUGGGGUCACGCGAAAAACUUCAAUCUCGAAGGGAUCAUUGGUUUACUUGAUGACAUGCUUGCCCUCAAGGUCUCUCCAAACAUUAACACGAUCUCGAUAAUGAUGAAUUUAUUUAUAAAGUUGAAGAAUGUCGGAGUGGCGCGGCAAAUUUUUGACAUGCUAGUUACCGAAAAGUAUGUAAAACCUAAUUUAUAUGUUUUCAAUAGUCUCGUCUUUGGAUACACGCACAUCGCCAACGAUCCGACCGAGGCGACAAGGUUCCUAUUACAUAAUUCGAUCCCUCGGGAAAUACAGCUCAAGGCUUGGACAUUUAACAUUGUUAUCAAAGCACUUAUCUCACAAGAUAACAUGAACGCCGCAAUGAACUUGAUGAGGCAAAUGGAACCGGUUCACGGAGUUGAACCCAAUGGUUGGACUUUCUAUCAUAUGAUCAUCGGCUACAUUCGUCGAAGAAGAUUUGAUCAAGCAUUGGAGCUACUAAACGAAAUGUCCGAACGGGGGAUGGAACCAAGUCGGAAAUUGAAUAACUUUAUAAAUAAGACUAGAUAUAGACUCUCCCUUGGUUUAUCACCUGCAUUCAAUCAUUCGAGUGAAAAUAAUAAACUUGUCGUAAAAAAAAAAAGAUAG